CUCAUGAUCUAUACACUAUAUAUAAUACAUGAGAUGAAACACUUGGCUAAACAAAAAAACACUUCCCAUCAUAAAAAAAAAAUGAGUAAAUCUGGUUGUUUUGUUGUUUUGUUAGUUCUCCCACAAUUGCUGUUAUUACUACAGCAAGUAAUUGCAUCUAAUGGAAGUCUUUCUCAUCCUAAACAGUCCACCUGUGAUUCUCUUCCCCAACAGGUACAUAUAUCAUUAGCUGGAGAUGGGUACAUGAGAAUAUCAUGGAUAACAACAUACAAAAUGGCAACAUCAGUAGUGGAGUAUGGAACAAAAUCAGGAAGCUACAAUGAAUAUGUACUUGGUGAUAAUUUUAGCUACCAUUACUAUUCAUAUAUUUCUGGUAAAAUCCAUUAUGUUACGGUGGGUCCAUUAACACCUAGUACUACUUAUUACUAUCGCGUUGGUGGUGCUUCUCAAGAAUUCUCUUUUCGUACUCCUCCUGCUUCCUUCUCUGCUGAAUUUGUCUUUGUUGGUGGACUUGGACAAACACAAUGGACCAAAGCAACACUAGCUCGCAUCAAUGAAAAAUGCUAUGACACACUAAUAGUAGUUGGAGGGCUAUCAUACGCAGACGGCCACCAAUCAUUGUGGGACUCAUUUGGGCGACUAAUCGAGCCAUAUGCUAGCAAAAGACCAUGGAUGGUCACUGCUGGGAAAUAUGAAAUUGAGGGUGUUUGUACACUUCCUAAAGGACCUCAACCUUUUAAGGCUUUUAAUGCUAGAUGGCUCAUGCCUUAUCAUGAAAGUGGCUCAAUAUCUAACCUUUACUACUCGUAUGAUGUCGCGGGUGCACAUUUUAUAAGUUUAGGCUCGUAUGCUGACUUCGAUUGUAGCUCUGAUCAAUACGAGUGGCUUAAGGCCGAUUUGGCUAGCAUCGAUAGGGUUAAGACCCCUUGGGUUAUCGUCGUGGUUAAUACUCCUUGGUAUACUUCUAAUGUUGCUUACAAAGGUGAAGGUGAAUCUAUGAGGAAAGCCAUGGAAAAGCUUCUAUAUAUGGCUAGAGUUGAUGUUGUUUUUGCCUCUCGUGUUGGUGCUUAUGAACGAUUCGCAAGGACAUAUGACAAUAACCCUGACCCUUGUGCACCAAUCUACAUAACUCUAGGGGAUGCAGGCUUCAAACCCACCUUCGAGUUUGAGCAAAACGCUCUUUCAACCUCAUUGCAUAGAGAACUAUCAUUUGGACACGGACGUUUGAGAAUAUAUGACGACAAAAAGGCUCAUUUUGCAUGGUAUAGGACCGAAGAUGACUCUGAUUAUGGAAACCCUAGUGACGAAGUUUGGAUUACAAGUUUAAUGUUAUCGGAGACAUGUAUGGAGCUUUGCACUUGCAAAAAAUUCUCAAGAAAAGCUCACCAUAAUGAACUUUAACUAAUUUGAAGUGAAUUGUAGAAUGUGAGAUAUGAAUCUUUGAGAUGUUUUGUGGGAGUCUUAGUUAUCUCAAAUUUUUAACCCUUCCAACCAUCUUUUUUGAUGGAGAAUCGGAGAUUCUAGGACUUAUGUUCCUUAAUAAGUUAUCAAACACAUGGAGAGAGAGCUAUAUAUGCCUAUGUUGUAUGAUUGAUUUUGUGUAAUAGACACAAAGCUUGUAUUUUAUUUUAUAUAUUGUCAUCAAUGGAUAAGGUAAGAUUAUCCUCCGGA